AUGUCGGUAUCCCCUGCCGGCUCGCGUGAGACCUAUCUGCGUCUCCUACACCCCGAGUAUAGCGAGCUGUCCGCGAUAGAUGCCUACCUUCGUGCCCUGGAGAACUAUCUGAACCUUGCGAAAGCGCACUCAGUGCUCACACAGCAUCUUCAGAAUCCAAGCCGGAAGUACCUCGCUGCCGCCAAUCACGUUUGGGGGUACCUGAUUGGUACUCAGUACUACGCUAUCUGCGCUACAGCAUUUCGAACAAAGAGGGCUGAGAUGCAGUGGGGGCAACACACGUUCAAGAACGCCAAGUUUAAGCUUAAUUUCACACCAUAG